UUCGGAAAUAGUGCGUAGAGUGAGAGUGAACAUUUGGAUAUCGCUGUGUAUUCUGGGUACAGACAGUAAUUCCACGAUGGCGGCGAGCAGGAGGCUGCACAAGGAACUUGAUGAAAUCCGGAAGUCUGGAAUGAAAAAUUUCCGUAACAUUCAAGUGGAUGAAUCAAAUAUUUUGACUUGGCAAGGCCUCAUUGUUCCAGACAACCCUCCAUACGAUAAAGGUGCUUUCAGAAUCGAGAUCAUCUUCCCAGCGGAGUACCCCUUCAAGCCCCCCAAGAUCACGUUCAAGACCAAGAUCUACCACCCCAACAUCGACGAGAAGGGACAGGUGUGUCUGCCUGUGAUCAGCGCAGAGAACUGGAAACCAGCCACUAAAACUGACCAAGUGAUCCAGUCCCUGAUUGCGCUGGUCAACGACCCCCAGCCAGAGCAUCCUCUCAGGGCAGACCUAGCAGAGGAAUACUCUAAGGACCGUAAAAAAUUCUUUAAGAACGCAGAAGAGUUUACAAAGAAACAUGGAGAAAAACGACCUGUGGACUGAGAACGCAAACGUGUGACUCCCUCUUCCUAAUCCCCCCCCCCCGGCCUCCUCUCUCUACUUCCCCCUCUCUCCCCCCUUCCAAGACCCACCUAAACCCCUCUCUGCUCUUACCCAAUCUCCUGAAAAUGCCCCCACACAUGUACACACAUCCUUCUAGCCCCCUCUCCUCCUGGGGCGAUAUAUCUCAGCUCCACUUCUCCCUGGCAACAGGACUGUGUCGUGAAUCAGGCAGGUCGGUCAACUCUGGGUGUCAGCUUGUGGCUGUUACUAACUUUCUACUGAUUUCUUAAAUGAUAAAAAUGCUGGAAUUGGGCCCAAGAGAGCAACUUGUUAAAGAGGGAACAAAAAAAAUACAACGGAAAGAAAGAUAUAGAUACAAAUGUUAUGCUCAAUUUGUUCAUGAUUUGUACACAGAAGUGUAUUGAUUGUUGGUGCAGACCUCUGUAUAAAGAUUAUCAACUGUUUUGAAAACUAUUUGGUAAAUGCUCAACUUGUCGUCUGAUUGUUAACCCUUUUCAUCUCACUCCUUCCUCUCACUAAAAUAUGUAACAGAAAAAAUCAACCUCAAAAGCAACGAAAUGAUAAAAACACUUAAAGCAUCAAGGUU